AUCUUCUUUUCCUCCUCCUCCCUUCUCAUUCACUUUCUCACUCUCGGUCUUUGUGUCGGGCACUGAUUGACUGAAUCAAUUACGACCGCCACCAUGCUCGGCCUGAAUCUCUCCUCCCCUGCCGCUGUCACCUUCCCCAGAUCCCGCCACCACCUUUACCCUCCAAACCCUUCUCCCCUCCUCACCCGCACCAGCAGACUCCUCAAUCAGAUCCCCCACCUCCCCCCUCUCAGAUCCUACAGCGGCGCCCACCCACUCCGCCUCUCUCCCUCCCUCCUCCACCACCGCAGUGCCCCCGUCAGGGCUUCCGCGGAGGCGACACCCGAAGGAGAAGCGGCGGCCGUGCCGGAGCCGCAGCAGAAGAAGAAGUCGACCCUGCAGCUGGGGGUGGUGUUCGGGCUGUGGUACUUGCAGAACAUCAUCUUCAACAUCUACAACAAGAAAGCCCUCAAUGUCUUCCCGUUCCCAUGGUUCCUGGCCACGUUCCAGCUCCUCGUGGGGUCCAUCUGGAUGGCCUUGCUCUGGUCCCUGAAGCUCCAGCCCUGCCCCAAGGUCUCCAAGCCCUUCUUCCUCGCCCUCCUCGGCCCCGCCCUCUUCCACACCGUCGGCCACAUCUCCGCAUGCGUCUCCUUCUCGAAGGUCGCCGUCUCCUUCACCCACGUCAUCAAGUCCGCCGAGCCCGUCUUCUCCGUCCUCUUCUCCUCCGUCCUCGGCGACACCUACCCCCUCGCCGUCUGGCUCUCCAUCCUCCCCAUCGUCUUCGGCUGCUCCCUCGCCGCCGUCACCGAGGUCUCCUUUAAUUUCGCCGGCCUCUCGGGCGCCAUGAUCAGUAACGUCGGCUUCGUCCUCCGUAACAUCUACUCCAAGCGCAGCCUCCAGAGCUUCCGCGAGGUUGACGGCCUCAACCUCUACGGCUGGAUCACCAUCAUUUCCCUCCUUUACCUCCUCCCCGUCGCCGUCUUCGUCGAGGGCCCCCAGUGGAUCCCUGGCUACCACAAGGCCAUCGAGGCCGUUGGCAAGUCCUCCACUUUCUACCUCUGGGUGCUCCUCUCCGGCGUGUUCUACCACCUCUACAACCAGUCCUCUUACCAGGCUCUCGACGACAUCAGCCCUCUCACAUUCUCCGUCGGCAACACCAUGAAGCGGGUGGUGGUGAUCAUAUCCACCGUCCUGGUGUUCCGCAACCCAGUCAGGCCGCUCAACGCGCUCGGGUCUGCCAUUGCCAUCUUCGGGACCUUCUUGUACUCGCAGGCAACCUCCAAGAAGGAGAACUGAUGUGAUGAGACGGGACAUACACAAAUAGGGUAGAGUUAGUCCUGCUUCUUCCUGCUGCAUACAUUUUUUUAUUCUGAUCGAUUGAAGGAGCUUUUUUGCUCAACGCGGAUCAAGUGUUAAUUGUUUGAAUGGAGUUUUGAAUAAUUUGGACAUCGUGGUAACAUCGGUCUGAUUAUUGUUUGCGCUUUUUUGUCUGUGGCAUUGAUUCAAUAUCGAAAGUGUAGAUUUCGAUUCCUUUGCAUCGAAUGAAUUUUCUUGGACUGCUA